AUUCAUUUACUUGAGUUUGGCGCGAAUAUGAGCUGAUUCUUGGGUGUGCAAACAAGCCGAGUUUGAGAAAAGUUCUGUGCUUCCGUCGCGAUGAAGACAUUGACUCCGACUCCUAAUGAAACAGUGGAGAACAUUGUGCCAACAACAAUAGAUACGUUGAUUGCCUCCAGCCUGGAGUUUGACGAGCGCUUUUCAUAUAUGACAAAGGAAGAAUGUGGAAUUGCUCUCGACUUUUGGAAACAAAAGGGAUCAUUGAUGACACGCUGGUGUCCCAUAGUCUGGGACGGAAUUUCAUGCUGGCCGCCCGCUCAGAACGGCAGCACGGCCGCCAAAUCAUGCAACUCGAUCUUCCAUACCUUCGGGCCGGCGAUCGAAGAACACCCAGACGCACUUGCCUACAAGAGCUGCGGACCCGGAGGUACAUGGCUGGACUCUCAAACAAAUUACAACGCGUGCGUGGCGCUGUUGAACCCCUCGGAAGCGGCUCCGCCGUCGGUCGCCAUGACCGUCACCUGUAUACUGCUCAUCUUCUCAUGUGUAUCGCUGAUAUUUCUUACAGCGACAGCCUUCAUUUUCACUCACUUCAGGUCACUGCAUUGCAGCCGCACCAGAGUUCACCUCAAUCUGGUCGUGUCUCUGAUCAUAAAUUCAAUCAUGCUAAUAUCUUUAUCGAUGUCGAUCGCAAUCAAUAGUGGGGACGAGGAAGAUGCCGGAUCACUCAUUCGCCAGACGCCGUGGUUUUGCAAAACUAUCCUUCUGCUCAAGAUGUACUCAUCGUCUUCGACAAUCAACUGGAUGUUCGUCGAAGGCAUCCUUCUACAUUCUAGGAUAACCACAUCUAUUUUUCAAACGAAACCCCCACCCUUCAAAUUAUAUUACUUCAUAGGAUGGGGUGUUCCACUAAUAUUUUGCGCUCCGUGGGCUUGGGAGAUGGAAAAGGAGAUGGGCUCCUCCACUUGCUGGGAAGGAUACGUCGAUUCGCCCUGGUUGUGGCUUAUAAUAGCCCCGAGACUGGCCGCUGUCACCAUUAACUUCAUGUUCCUGGUCAACAUCAUCCGGAUCUUGGUCACACGCGUGAAGGCCGUCUCGGCUGAGAACACUCAAUUUAAGAAAGCGAUCAAGGCGACCAUCCUCCUAUUUCCACUCCUGGGUCUCACGCAUUUAUUAUUCUGCAUCAACCCCCAAGAAGCGGACGUGCGUCUGAAAAACCUGUACAUGCUCACCAAUGCCAGUUUACAAUCUUCUCAGGGGAUUUUCGUCUCGGUGAUCUACUGCUUCAUGAAUUCCGAGGUUCAAGCUUGUAUCCGGAACGCCUACCUGCGAGCUGUUCUCCGCCGUAAUCCUAAUCAGAGAUCAUUGCUUCGUGGGGGACAGUCGCAAACUUCUGUGUACCUCACACAUUUCAGCAACAACACGAAAAACAAUCGACAGACUAGAAAUCAGUGGAAGGUUAUCCGGAAGUACCCUCCGGACCCGCCUCUGAGAGCCGAAGCAGCUAACCGCAUACAAGCCUCACCUUCUGAAUGCGAUGGGUACUAUCAGUCUCAACGAGAAGUUCAACUGUGA